AGGUAUUGCUGCUGGAGGCUUCUUACAUGCUUCAGGGUAUCUUCAGGGAAAUCGACUCUUUACAGAAACAGAAUUUAAGACAUUUUAAGUGAGAUCCUUCAGAUCAUCUAGGAAAAUGGUGGCCCUUUCCUUAAAGAUCUGUGUCCGCCACUGCAAUGUGGUGAAGACCAUGCAGUUUGAACCAUCCACAGCCGUGUAUGACGCAUGUAGAGUCAUUCGGGAACGGGUGCCGGAGGCACAGACUGGGCAAGCUUCUGACUAUGGGCUGUUUCUGUCGGACGAAGACCCCAGGAAAGGGAUCUGGCUGGAGGCAGGCAGGACACUGGAUUACUACAUGCUGCGGAAUGGGGACAUUUUGGAAUAUAAAAAAAAACAGAGACCUCAGAAAAUCCGGAUGCUGGAUGGAUCAGUGAAAACAGUGAUGGUGGAUGAUUCCAAGACCGUGGGGGAGCUACUGGUUACGAUUUGUAGCAGGAUAGGAAUAACGAAUUAUGAAGAAUAUUCUUUAAUCCAAGAAACUAUUGAAGAAAAGAAAGAGGAAGGGACAGGUACACUCAAAAAAGACAGGACACUGUUACGAGACGAGAGGAAAAUGGAGAAGUUGAAGGCCAAGCUUCACACAGAUGAUGAUCUAAAUUGGCUGGAUCAUAGCCGAACAUUCAGAGAACAAGGAGUAGAUGAAAAUGAAACGUUGCUGCUUAGACGGAAGUUCUUUUACUCUGACCAGAAUGUAGAUUCCAGAGACCCCGUGCAACUGAACUUGCUUUAUGUUCAGGCUCGGGAUGACAUCCUGAACGGCUCUCACCCUGUCUCCUUUGAGAAAGCUUGUGAGUUUGGUGGAUUUCAAGCCCAAAUACAGUUUGGACCUCAUGUGGAACAUAAACACAAGCCUGGAUUCUUAGAUCUAAAGGAAUUUCUGCCCAAAGAAUACAUCAAGCAGAGAGGAGCUGAAAAGCGAAUAUUUCAGGAGCAUAAGAACUGUGGAGAAAUGAGUGAAAUCGAAGCCAAGGUCAAGUACGUCAAACUCGCCCGGUCCCUCCGCACAUACGGGGUGUCCUUCUUCCUGGUGAAGGAAAAGAUGAAAGGCAAGAACAAGCUGGUUCCUCGCCUGCUGGGAAUCACAAAAGACUCGGUGAUGCGCGUGGACGAGAAGACCAAGGAAGUGCUGCAGGAGUGGCCCCUCACCACGGUCAAGCGUUGGGCAGCCUCUCCCAAGAGCUUCACACUGGAUUUUGGAGAGUAUCAGGAAAGCUACUAUUCGGUACAAACCACCGAGGGAGAGCAAAUAUCCCAGCUGAUUGCGGGUUACAUUGACAUCAUCCUCAAGAAGAAACAAAGUAAAGAUAGAUUUGGACUCGAAGGUGAUGAGGAGUCCACUAUGUUAGAAGAGUCCGUUUCCCCCAAAAAGUCCACCAUCCUGCAGCAGCAGUUCAACCGGACCGGGAAGGCCGAGCACGGUUCGGUGGCACUGCCCGCUGUGAUGCGCUCAGGCUCCAGUGGGCCUGAGACCUUCAACGUUGGCAGCAUGCCCUCGCCACAGCAGCAGGUCCUGGUGGGGCAGAUGCACCGAGGCCACAUGCCGCCCCUGACCUCAGCCCAGCAGGCCCUUAUGGGGACCAUCAACACAAGCAUGCACGCUGUCCAGCAGGCCCAGGAUGACCUCAGCGAGCUCGACUCACUGCCGCCUCUCGGCCAGGAUAUGGCAUCUAGGGUAUGGGUUCAGAACAAAGUUGACGAAUCCAAACAUGAAAUCCAUUCUCAAGUCGAUGCUAUCACGGCUGGAACAGCUUCAGUUGUUAACCUCACGGCUGGUGACCCAGCAGACACAGACUAUACUGCUGUGGGGUGUGCUAUCACCACGAUUUCUUCCAACCUGACGGAGAUGUCCAAGGGUGUGAAACUGUUGGCGGCCCUCAUGGACGAUGAGGUGGGCAGCGGGGAGGACUUACUCAGAGCUGCCAGGACCCUUGCUGGGGCAGUGUCAGACUUGCUGAAAGCUGUCCAGCCCACUUCUGGAGAGCCUCGGCAGACGGUUUUGACUGCUGCUGGAAGCAUUGGACAAGCCAGUGGGGAUCUUCUGAGACAGAUUGGGGAGAAUGAGACUGAUGAGCGCUUUCAGGAUGUUUUAAUGAGUUUGGCCAAAGCUGUUGCCAAUGCUGCUGCCAUGUUGGUUCUAAAGGCAAAAAAUGUUGCCCAAGUGGCUGAAGACACCGUCCUACAGAACAGGGUGAUCGCUGCUGCUACCCAGUGCGCCCUUUCCACCUCCCAGCUUGUGGCAUGUGCCAAGGUGGUGAGCCCUACCCUCAGCUCCCCCGUGUGCCAGGAGCAGCUGAUUGAGGCGGGGAAACUGGUGGACCGCUCGGUGGAGAACUGCGUGCGUGCCUGCCAGGCCGCCACAACCGAUGGGGAGCUCCUGAAACAAGUCAGCGCGGCGGCCAGUGCGGUCAGCCAGGCCCUGCAUGAUCUCCUGCAGCACGUGCGGCAGCUCGCCAGCCGAGGCGAGCCCAUCGGGCGAUACGACCAGGCCACUGACACUAUCAUGUGUGUCACCGAGAGCAUCUUCAGCUCCAUGGGCGAUGCUGGUGAAAUGGUGCGGCAGGCCCGGGUCCUGGCCCAGGCCACAUCAGACCUCGUCAACGCCAUGAGGUCAGAUGCAGAAGCUGAAAUCGACAUGGAGAAUUCAAAGAAGCUCUUGGCGGCAGCAAAACUCUUGGCCGACUCUACCGCUCGCAUGGUGGAAGCUGCAAAGGGGGCCGCAGCCAAUCCAGAAAAUGAGGACCAGCAGCAAAGGCUGAGAGAAGCUGCAGAAGGCCUCCGAGUAGCAACCAAUGCCGCUGCCCAGAACGCCAUUAAGAAAAAAAUCGUCAACCGACUGGAGGUUGCAGCCAAGCAGGCCGCAGCAGCGGCCACACAGACCAUCGCCGCCUCUCAGAACGCAGCCGUUUCCAACAAGAACCCCGCAGCCCAGCAGCAGCUGGUUCAGAGCUGCAAGGCAGUGGCUGACCACAUCCCUCAGCUGGUCCAGGGAGUGAGAGGGAGCCAGGCUCAAGCAGAAGAUCUCAGUGCCCAGCUGGCUCUCAUCAUCUCCAGCCAGAACUUCCUCCAGCCUGGAAGCAAGAUGGUGUCCUCUGCCAAAGCUGCAGUGCCCACCGUGAGUGACCAGGCCGCAGCCAUGCAACUGAGUCAGUGCGCCAAGAACCUGGCCACAAGCUUGGCGGAGCUACGCACAGCCUCACAGAAGGCCCAUGAAGCUUGUGGUCCUAUGGAGAUCGAUUCGGCUCUGAACGCUGUGCAGGCACUGAAGAAUGAGCUGCAGGAUGCCAAGAUGGCUGCCGUGGAAAGCCAGCUGAAGCCACUUCCAGGGGAGACGCUGGAAAAAUGUGCUCAGGACCUGGGAAGCACAUCUAAAGCAGUAGGCUCCUCCAUGGCUCAGCUGCUGACCUGUGCUGCUCAAGGAAACGAGCACUACACAGGGGUGGCUGCCAGAGAGACGGCUCAAGCUCUGAAAACGCUGGCCCAGGCUGCCCGUGGAGUGGCUGCAUCCACAAGCGACCCUGCGGCGGCGCAUGCCAUGUUAGAUUCUGCUCGAGAUGUGAUGGAGGGCUCCGCCAUGCUCAUUCAGGAAGCCAAGCAGGCCCUGGUUGCACCUGGAGAUGCAGAGAGUCAACAGAGGCUAGCCCAGGUGGCCAAAGCUGUCUCACACUCCUUGAAUAACUGUGUGAAUUGCCUGCCUGGGCAGAAGGAUGUGGAUGUGGCCUUGAAGAGUAUCGGGGAGUCCAGCAAGAAGCUGCUUGUGGAUUCGCUGCCCCCAAGCACGAAACCUUUCCAGGAAGCCCAGAGUGAACUGAACCAGGCAGCAGCUGACCUGAACCAGUCUGCUGGGGAAGUUGUCCAUGCCACCCGGGGCCAGAGUGGAGAACUGGCUGCAGCCUCUGGAAAGUUCAGUGAUGAUUUCGACGAAUUCCUCGAUGCCGGCAUUGAGAUGGCUGGCCAGGCCCAGACAAAAGAAGACCAGAUCCAGGUGGUAGGGAACCUCAAGAACAUCUCUAUGGCAUCCAGCAAGCUGCUGUUAGCUGCCAAGUCUCUCUCUGUAGAUCCAGGCGCUCCCAAUGCGAAAAACCUCCUGGCCGCAGCUGCAAGAGCUGUGACAGAGAGCAUCAAUCAACUCAUCACUCUGUGCACCCAACAAGCUCCUGGCCAGAAAGAGUGUGAUAAUGCUCUCCGGGAACUGGAGACUGUCAAGGGGAUGUUGGACAAUCCUAAUGAACCUGUUAGUGACCUCUCUUACUUUGACUGCAUUGAAAGUGUGAUGGAGAACUCCAAGGUUCUGGGUGAAUCAAUGGCAGGGAUAUCACAGAACGCCAAGACCGGGGACCUCCCUGCCUUUGGGGAAUGUGUGGGGAUUGCAUCCAAAGCUCUCUGUGGGCUGACGGAGGCUGCGGCCCAGGCUGCUUACCUGGUCGGCAUCUCUGAUCCAAAUAGCCAGGCAGGCCACCAGGGCCUUGUGGACCCCAUACAGUUUGCCAGGGCUAACCAGGCGAUCCAGAUGGCAUGCCAGAACCUGGUGGACCCUGGCAGCAGUCCUUCGCAGGUCCUGUCAGCCGCCACAAUUGUUGCCAAGCACACCUCUGCCUUGUGCAAUGCCUGCCGCAUUGCCUCAUCCAAGACGGCCAACCCAGUAGCUAAGAGGCACUUCGUCCAGUCAGCCAAGGAGGUCGCCAACAGCACCGCCAAUCUGGUGAAGACUAUCAAGGCCCUGGAUGGGGAUUUCUCUGAAGACAACCGCAAUAAGUGUCGCGUUGCCACUGCACCCUUGAUCGAAGCUGUGGAGAACUUGACGGCAUUCGCAUCAAAUCCUGAGUUUGUGAGCAUUCCUGCCCAGAUCAGCUCCGAGGGUUCUCAGGCACAAGAACCAAUCCUGGUCUCAGCCAAGACCAUGCUGGAGAGUUCAUCAUACCUCAUUCGCACUGCACGCUCUCUGGCCAUCAACCCCAAAGACCCGCCUACCUGGUCUGUGCUGGCUGGGCAUUCGCAUACUGUGUCCGACUCCAUCAAGAGUCUCAUCACGUCUAUCAG